ACCGGUUCUCUUCUGGUUGUGAACACAGUGUUGUUAAUCUUCUCCACCGUCGUUUAUCAAAAUCUUGGGAGUCCGAGGCUUAGGCUAAGGCAAGCUUCUGCAAGAACUGGCUAACUCUCAGGGAAUUCUGGAGGAAGAAGAUUCCAGUAAUCAAAGGGUGGUUCUUGCCCUAUAUGAGGCCUUGAGCUCUCGAAACGUGAACACCGUUCACCAAAUCCUCGCCCCUGAUCUCGAGUGGUGGUUCCACGGUCCGCCAUCGCACCAAUUUCUGAUGCGCCUUCUCACUGGAGCCUCAUCCGACGGCCAAUCCUUUCAGUUCGUUCCUCAAUCAAUCACAUCCUUCGGCCCUACCGUCCUCGUCGAAGGCUGCGAUCCUAGCCGUUCCAUCUCCUGGAUCCACGCUUGGACCGUCACGAAUGGGAUAAUCACACAGGUUCGCGAGUAUUUCAAUUCCUCCCUCACUGUUACUCGUCUCGGAGAUCCAACCGACUCACCGUCGUCCUCUGCCUCUUCGUUGUACCAUUGCCCUUCCAUUUGGGAAAGUAGUCUGUCCAAUCAGGUCGGGAAAUCGGUGCCUGGCCUCGUCUUGGCCAUUUAAUCAAAUACCGAUCUCUCUGGUUUCUAUCCCAACAAAAUAAAUCUGAAAAAGCUCCAGAGAGAUGUAAGAAACAUAGGGUGUGUGCGUGUGUGCUUUGUUUGGAUCGUCCCGCCGCGUCGAUUGCUUUGCUGUUUACAAUUUCUGUUCUGUGAGUUUUUAUAUACUUGUCUGUGUGGUGAUUGGGUAAACGCCAUGGAAAUGACAUCCAAUUGGCUAAUUCCCGACGUAUUUGUAAUCUUUUCAAUAAGGACACGUUCCAAUGUUUGUCUUCAAAAAGCC